AUGAGCGCAGCUUUGCUCCGGCGUCGUCCGGACACGUCUGCGUUGCAGAGAAUCGGCCUUCUCUCUCGUCGUUACAAUUCCUCAAAGCGCUCGGCCCCAAUUGGCUUGGUAACAGCCCAAACCCGGCCAUCUCUCACGAAAUCUACCGCUCAAUGUCUGUCGUCGCGAACGUUCUUCCACCCCCGGUAUUCGGCCCGGCAUAAGUCCACCGCAACAGAGGCCGCGGAGGUCGUGCAGAGAUCCUCCGUCCGCAACGUUUUGUUCAAAUCGUUCGCGUAUUGUGGUUUCUUCAUUGUUAUGAGCGGUGCGGCAGUGGUGGCUUUCUUCAUCUACGAUGCGACCACUUACCGCGAGAACUCCAGCGCCGCGGAUGUCCCGGUCUCGGAAUUGGCCCUGAAUCCCCGACGGGGCGGCCCUAAGAAUCUGCCCAUCGCCGAGGUCCUCAUUAGUGACAAUGACUCGGACGACCGCUUGGUAAACCAAGACAAGCCGAGGUUGGUGGUGUUGGGAACAGGCUGGGGAAGCAUUGCGCUGCUGAAGCACCUCAACCCGGGCGACUACCAUGUCACGGUCGUGUCCCCCACCAACUAUUUUUUGUUCACACCUAUGCUACCAUCCGCAACGGUGGGUACGCUUGGCUUGAGGUCCCUCGUGGAGCCUGUCCGUCGCAUUGUGCAGCGGAUCAAUGGCCAUUUCUUGAAGGGCCAGGCCGAAGAUGUGGAAUUCUCUGAGAAAUUGGUCGAGGUGUCUCAGGUUGAUGCCAGUGGCAAGGAACAGAGGUUCUACCUUCCCUAUGACAAACUGGUUAUUGGAGUCGGCUGCGUGACCAACCCCCAUGGUGUUAAAGGCCUCGAGAACUGCCACUUCCUGAAGACGAUCGACGAUGCUCGCAAGAUCAAGAACCAAGUCCUGGAUAAUAUGGAACUGGCCUGCCUCCCGACCACUAGUGACGAAGAGCGUAGGCGUCUCUUGUCGUUCGUUGUCUGUGGUGGUGGCCCGACAGGCGUGGAGUUUGCUGCUGAAUUGUUCGAUCUUUUGAAUGAGGAUCUUCUCCACUCUUUCCCCAAGGUUCUGCGGAAUGAAAUCUCCGUGCACAUUAUCCAAAGCCGGAGCCAUAUCCUCAACACCUAUGAUGAAGCAUUGUCCAAAUAUGCCGAGGCUCGCUUCGCUCGCGAUUCCGUGGACAUCCUCACCAAUGCCCGAGUCAAGGAGGUUCGCGAUGGCAAAGUCCUCUUCACCCAAACUGAAGACGGCAAGGUCGUGACCAAGGAGAUCCCCAUGGGCUUCUGUCUCUGGUCGACUGGUGUCUCCCGCGCUCCUCUCUGCAAGCGACUCUCGGACCGACUUGAAUCCCAGAACAACAAACAUGCCCUAGAGACUGACUCGCACCUACGCCUGAUUGGGGCACCCCUGGGCGACGUCUACGCCAUUGGCGACUGCAGCACGGUGCAAAACAAUAUUGCUGAGCACAUCGUCUCCUUCCUCCGUACUAUUGCAUGGGAGAAGGGCAAGGACCCGCAAAAGUUGCAUCUCACCUUCCGCGAGUGGAAGGAGGUCGCCAGCCGCGUGAAGAAGCGCUUCCCCCAGGCCUCGAACCACCUCCGCCGCCUCGACAAGCUCUUUGAGCAAUAUGACAAGGACCACUCUGGAACUCUCGAGUUCGGCGAACUUUCCGAACUCCUGCACCAGAUCGACAACAAGCUCACCUCUCUCCCGGCCACGGCGCAGCGCGCCAACCAGCAGGGCGAGUACCUCGGCCGGAAACUGACCAAGAUCGCGGCCGCGUUGCCGGGCAUGCAGGCCAACCAGAUCGACUACGGAGAUCUCGACGAGGCGGUAUACAAGGCCUUCAAGUACAAGCAUCUGGGCAGUUUGGCGUACAUCAGUAAUGCGGCGGUGUUUGACUUUGGAGGGCUGAACUUCAGCGGCGGCGUGCUGGCGAUGUAUCUGUGGCGGAGUGUGUACUUUGCUGAGAGUGUGAGCCUCCGGACCAGAUGUAUGCUGGCCAUGGACUGGGCGAAGAGGGCGCUCUUUGGAAGAGAUCUGAUGAGUUUCUAAUUUUCUGUUUUCUUUUAUUGCAUUGGUUUUUCGACCCAUCCACCCAUUGUUUCGUGGGGUGGGGGAAAGGGUCAAUAUGCAGACAGAUCUAUGGACGACGACCUUAAUCCUUUAGCUUCGCAGUGAAUAUUGUAUGCAAUCCAUGAUGACCUAAUG